GCCCAGAGCUCACAGCUGCAGGUGCCGGAGCGAGCAGCAACCAGCCGGAGGCAGAGGGUGUUUGUUGCCGUGUGACUCGGGCGCCAUGCGUGAGAUCGUGCACAUCCAGGCUGGCCAGUGCGGGAACCAGAUCGGAGCCAAGUUUUGGGAGGUCAUCAGUGAUGAGCAUGGCAUCGACCCCACUGGCAGCUACCAUGGUGACAGUGACUUGCAGCUAGAAAGGAUCAACGUUUACUACAAUGAAGCCUCUGGUAAUAAGUAUGUACCCCGUGCAAUCCUUGUUGACUUGGAGCCUGGCACAAUGGACUCUGUCAGAUCUGGACCAUUUGGCCAGAUCUUCAGACCUGACAACUUUGUCUUUGGUCAAAGUGGUGCUGGAAACAACUGGGCAAAAGGCCACUACACAGAGGGAGCUGAGCUAGUGGACUCUGUCCUGGAUGUGGUAAGGAAGGAAUCGGAAAGCUGUGACUGUCUACAGGGUUUCCAGCUGACCCAUUCUCUAGGUGGUGGCACAGGGUCUGGGAUGGGAACCCUCCUCAUCAGCAAAAUUAGGGAGGAGUACCCAGACCGUAUCAUGAACACCUUCAGUGUAAUGCCAUCUCCGAAGGUGUCAGACACAGUGGUUGAACCCUACAAUGCCACCCUUUCUGUCCACCAGUUGGUGGAGAAUACGGAUGAAACCUACUGUAUUGACAAUGAAGCCUUGUAUGACAUUUGCUUCCGCACGCUGAAACUCACAACCCCUACUUAUGGGGACCUCAACCACCUGGUCUCCGCCACCAUGAGUGGUGUGACGACCUGCCUCCGGUUUCCCGGACAGCUGAAUGCUGAUCUCCGCAAGCUGGCAGUCAACAUGGUGCCUUUCCCCCGUCUGCACUUCUUCAUGCCAGGGUUUGCCCCGCUAACUAGCCGUGGCAGCCAGCAGUACCGGGCUCUGACGGUGCCAGAGCUAACGCAGCAGAUGUUUGAUUCUAAAAACAUGAUGGCAGCCUGUGAUCCCCGCCAUGGCCGCUACCUGACUGUGGCAGCAAUAUUCCGUGGCCGAAUGUCUAUGAAGGAGGUGGAUGAGCAGAUGCUCAAUGUCCAGAACAAAAACAGCAGCUACUUUGUCGAAUGGAUCCCCAAUAACGUCAAGACGGCUGUCUGUGACAUUCCCCCCCGCGGCCUCAAAAUGUCUGCCACUUUCAUUGGGAACAGCACAGCCAUUCAGGAGCUGUUCAAGAGAAUCUCUGAGCAGUUCACGGCCAUGUUCCGGCGUAAGGCUUUCUUGCACUGGUACACUGGUGAGGGCAUGGAUGAGAUGGAGUUCACUGAGGCAGAGAGCAACAUGAAUGACCUGGUCUCAGAAUAUCAGCAAUACCAAGAUGCCACUGCUGAUGAGCAAGGGGAAUUUGAAGAGGAAGGAGAGGAGGAUGAGGCUUAAGAUUAAAAAGGUUUAGGAAAAUCUUUAGUAAAGGCAGGCAAGUGUUCUGAAUGAAGUCUGUUCACAGUUGUGGUGAAGCAUGCUUUAUUAUGUCCUUUGGUGCCCUCCACUGUUGCCUCUGUCAGCAGUUCUGUAACCUUGACAAUGUAACAGUAGUUGCAAAAAUAACUCUAAAAAUCUUCUGUUUAAAUGGCUAACUUCUCAAAUAUAAAAGGCAUCUGUGUUCUAAA